CUCAGAGGACCCUUGAGACAUUUCAAAUAAAUUAUAACGUUCAAUUUGUUUAUGUUCCAACGGUCAUCUAACUCUCACAAAAUAUAACCUUCCUUUCCUUCUUCUCAACCCUUCAGACAACAUUUCUCCAAAUAUCUCAAUCUGAUCUCAACACUACUUUUUAAUUUCUUACUAAAUUUAUAGCAAACAACCGAUCAUUUCCGGUAAAAAAUUACUUCAAUUUCCAUUUUCUAUUAAGCAUACAAAUUAUUGAUUCUAAAUUACUGCAAUUCCUCAGUUUUUUCAGGUAAAAAUGAAUAAUUUGAUGACAAAAUCGUUCUUAAGCUACGUUGAUCUGAAGAAAGCGGCUGAAAAAGAUGUUGAACAAGAUUUAGAAAUGGGAAAUGGAGGAGGAAAAUCAGAUCCAAAAAUGGAAGCUUUUCUGGAAGAAGCAGAGAAAGUGAAGGCGGAAAUGGCUUCCAUUAAAGACAUAUUGAUAACCCUUGAAGCUUCUAAUGAGGAGAGCAAAUCUUUACAUAAACCCGAGGCACUGAAGGCUCUUCGAGGCCGAAUCAAUGCAGAUGUUGUAACUGUUCUUAGGAAGGCUAAAGCUAUUAAAGCACGCCUUGAAUUGAUGGACCGGGCUACUGCCGAGAAUCGCCGUCUUUCUUCUGAAAUGGGUACACCCAUUGAUAGGACAAGAACAUGUGUGACAAAUGGGCUAAGAAAGAAACUAAAAGAGCUAAUGAUGGAAUUCCAAGCCUUAAGGCAAAAGAUGAUGUCUGAGUACAAAGAAACUGUUGGGAGAUGCUACUACACAGUCACAGGAGAGUACCCUGAAGACGACAUGAUCGAAAAGAUCAUAUCCAAUGGUGUAGGAGAAGGUGAGAUUUUAACCCAUGCAGUGCAGGAGCACGGCCGUGGUAAGGUGUUAGAGACGGUGAUCGAGAUCCAAGGCCGCCAUGACGCUGCCAAGGAGAUCGAACGCUCGCUGUUAGAACUUCAUCAAGUGUUCUUAGAUAUGGCUGUGAUGGUGGAAGCUCAAGGGGAGCAAAUGGACAAUAUUGAACAUCAUGUGAUUAAUGCUUCACAUUAUGUGCAAGAUGGGACUAAGAAUCUUAAGCAAGCUAAAGUGUAUCAAAGAGGAAGUAGGAAGUGUAUGUGUAUUGGGAUUAUAGCAUUGUUGGUGAUUAUACUCUUGAUUGUAAUUCCUAUUCUUGCAAGUUUUACUCAUUCUUGAGUAUGUUUUUGUUGAAUGUGUGUGUAGUAGAUGAUGUAAUGAUGGGCUUGUUACUCAAAGCUCCUCUUUAAGAUCCUAUGAAGUUCAUUUUAUUCAUUUGUUUGUUCAAUGAAAACUAGUCAUAUAUUACUUGGUUACUUCUUAUUUGCCAACACCAAUUU